UUUAAAAUCACACCAAGUAACAACAGCACACUUCCAGAAAGCCCUAAUACGUAAACCCCUCACUGCUUACUGCUCAUCAGUCUUCCCGCCUUCCGAACGCUCGAUCUACUCCACCGAGGGCUUUCCAUUGCUGAAUAAUACACUUCCAUUGAUGGUAAUCUCGCUCUGAUUUGACCUUAUUUCGCUUAUCGUCAAUCCGUUAAGUUCCUUCUUACCGGUCCGAUUCAAAAAUGUCGCUGAGGGUUCUGAAUCCGAAUGCCGAAGUGCUCAAUAAGUCGGCGGCUCUGCAUAUGAACAUCAACGCCGCCAAGGGUUUGCAAGAUGUGCUCAAGACCAACCUUGGCCCGAAAGGCACCAUUAAGAUGCUGGUUGGCGGAGCAGGGGAUAUUAAGCUUACCAAGGACGGAAACACUUUACUAAAGGAGAUGCAAAUCCAAAACCCUACCGCAAUAAUGAUUGCCAGAACAGCAGUUGCUCAAGAUGAUAUAAGCGGGGAUGGUACCACUUCCACUGUACUCUUUAUUGGUGAACUAAUGAAGCAAUCUGAGCGUUAUAUUGAUGAAGGGAUGCAUCCACGUGUUUUGGUUGAUGGCUUUGAAAUUGCUAAAAGGGCAACAUUGCAAUUUCUUGAAAAAUUUAAGACUCCAGUUGUGGUUGGUGAUGAGCCAGAUAUAGAGAUGCUAAAGAUGGUAGCAAGAACAACACUGAGGACAAAGUUAUACGAGGCUCUGGCAGAUCAGUUGACGGACAUAGUUGUAAGAUCGGUGCUCUGCAUUCGCAAGCCAGAAGAAUCUAUUGAUCUUUUCAUGGUUGAAAUCAUGCACAUGCGUCACAAAUUCGACGUGGACACCCGAUUGGUUGAGGGUCUUGUCCUUGACCAUGGUUCCAGACAUCCAGACAUGAAGAGGCGUGCAGAGAAUUGUCAUAUCUUGACUCUCAAUGUUUCCUUGGAAUAUGAAAAGAGUGAAAUAAAUGCAGGCUUUUUUUACUCAAGUGCUGAGCAGAGAGAGGCUAUGGUUGCAGCAGAAAGACGAUCUGUUGACGAAAGAGUUCAAAAAAUAAUUGAUCUGAAAAAUAAGGUUUGUGCAAAUAAUGAAGACAAUUUUGUUGUCAUCAACCAAAAGGGUAUUGAUCCCCCAUCAUUGGAUUUAUUGGCGCGUGCAGGGAUUAUUGCUCUUCGAAGAGCAAAGAGGAGGAAUAUGGAACGUUUAGUUUUGGCAUGCGGUGGGGAGGCUGUUAAUUCUGUUGAUGACUUAACUCCUGAUUGCCUUGGUUGGGCCGGAUUAGUAUAUGAGCACAUCCUUGGAGAAGAGAAAUAUACAUUUGUAGAGAAUGUGAAAAAUCCACAUUCCUGUACCAUACUUAUCAAAGGCCCAAAUGAUCAUACUAUUGCUCAAAUCAAGGAUGCAGUUCGUGAUGGAUUGAGAGCAGUGAAGAACACCAUUGAGGAUGAAGCUGUUGUCCUUGGAGCAGGUGCUUUUGAAGUUGCAGCCAGACAAUACUUAGUGAAUGAAGUCAAGAAAACGGUUCAAGGGCGUGCACAACUUGGUGUGGAAGCUUUUGCUGAUGCCCUUCUUGUGGUGCCAAAGACACUGGCUGAAAAUUCUGGCCUUGACACUCAGGAUGUGAUCAUAGCUCUUACGGGAGAGCAUGAUAGGGGAAAUGUAGUGGGUCUAAACCAGCACACUGGUGAACCACUUGAUCCUCAAAUGGAGGGCAUCUUUGAUAAUUACUCCGUGAAGCGGCAAAUCUUAAACUCAGGCCCUGUAAUAGCAUCUCAGUUACUACUUGUUGAUGAGGUUAUUCGUGCCGGUCGCAACAUGCGGAAGCCCACUUAGUUUCUGCCCUAUGAUUAUUGGAUUUUGUGGCUAGUCUGGGCAUUGUGGAGGACCAUUGUAAAUGGAACAUUGCCUCAGAUUGCUUUAGAAGGUUUUGGUCUUUAUUUGUGCGGAUUGUAUCAAAACAUGAACUGGGUUAUGUCCGGUUAAGAUUGUAACUUGAUGAUUUGCAGUGUAGUUUUAAUGACCAUUGUUUUGUAAUCUAGGUUAUUUUUGCAUCUGUAGUUCACUGUUCUGGCUUAAUCAAAUGCUUUCUGUUUUGAUACUGGCUUUGGUGACUGAAGAUUCUCGCUGUUUUAAGGUUGAUUUCUUACCCUCGUGGAUUCUA